AUGACGUCUGCCCUGCCACCUCGACAUUUGGUUUUCUCAACGAGCAAAGAGGCCUUGUGGAGCUACGAGGGGCACUUGAAGGAGAAGGGAGACGGGCCGGUGGAGCUGUUUCAGUUCUCAGAGCAGGAAGAUCUGAAUGUCAACGUGCUGGCUGACAAGCUGAAUGGAAGUUCGAGCUCUUCGCAAGUGUCAGUUCUUCUGAUGCUGACUGGGUCAUCCAGUUAUUUGUGGCUGGACCGGGAGCACCAUCCCAAAAAUGUGGAACUUUGCACCAUGCUGAAGCGAUUUCCCAGGAAACUCAACUUUGUGAUUUGUCCCACUUCGAGAGCCACUCGAGAUGAAUGGGAAGCGCAGAGCUCACAGGCUCCGGGCAUCUUUGGCGAUUUUUGGGACAACAAUAUCUCCGUGUGGGAUGGCUUUGACCGUGAUGUUGCCUCAAAAAACCAGAUUUGCAGCUUGAUUUGUACAGAGGGCAAGGGCAAGAAGGAUGUUGGUGAGAAGCCGUCCGCAAGAAAUAGGUUCUCGCUGGGUUGGCCGCUGGUGCUUGGCAUUUGUGCUCUGGAGCUGUGGUAUAUAGCCCAUCUUCACAUGACCCUAGGAGCAGAAAGGGGUCAAGUGGAGAAGCUUCAAGGAGAGCGCGCCGCAACAUAUGCAGAGAAGGAGAAGCUUGAAGAGAGCCUCAAAACAACACAAGCGGAGAAGGAGAAACUUCAAAACGAUCUCAACACAGCACAAGCAGAGAACGAGAAGCUUCAAAAAGAUCUUGAGGCAACACAAGCUGAGAAGGAGAACUUUCAAAACGAUCUCAACACAGCACAAGCAGAGAACGAUACGCUUCAAAAGGUCGUUGUGGCACCGGCUGGUACGAGCCGCUUGUGAUGUUGGGUAAUGUCAAGACGUCUGGUGAGAUCCUGGAGUUCAUGAGUAAUUUGUAGUUUGGAACGCCAUCCGCCGUCUCUGACAAAUGCCUGUGUUUGAUGGUCGCACAGAAGGCAAAAGUUUUGCCUCCAGUUCUGGGAGACCUGCGUCGUCAUCCUGU